GUGUCUUUAAAGCGCAAUAGGGAAGCGAGUGUGUCCAAGAUCCAGCUCCUUCCCUGGAAGCGGAAUUCUGAAGCCAAACGGAUAAACAUGAUUCCUGUCUGGAGGCUUUGGUUCAUCUCUAUUGCUGGCGCUGUGAGUUUUGCUACCCAAGAGAACUGUCUUCUUGAGCCGUCUUCUCAUUUUUGGAACUGUUCUUCCAAGGCUUUCGCUGCGGUUCCACCUGAUCUAACAGGCAAUGUCUUGAGAUUAGAUCUGUCCUUCAACAGGAUUGAUCAAGUGAGAGAAGCAGACCUGAAGUCUGCAGUCAACCUCCGUAUGCUUUUGCUCCAGUCUAAUCUAAUCCAAACAAUAGAGGAAGAUGCCUUUCACACUCUUAUCAGGUUGGAGCAUUUGGAUUUAUCAAGGAACAAGCUGACCCGCUUAUCACCCUCUUGGUUUGGAUCUCUUUCUUCCUUACUGACUUUGAACAUCAAGGGGAACUGCUACUCAGAGCUUGGAGAAAACCCUCUGUUUUCCAACCUAAAAAAAUUGAGAUUUCUCUACUUGGGAAAUGAUGAUUGCUUCUCUACUUUGCGGACGCAAGACUUAGAAGGGAUUUCCGUUCUGGAAGAGCUGGAGCUAGAAAGCCCAUACCUUAAACAAUAUGAACCAGGAAGUCUUCAAUCAACAGUGCUCAUAAACAACCUAAUUUUGAAUGACCCUUCCACAACCACUUUGCCUGUGCUUAUGCAUGAUGUUAGAAAUUCUGUGAUAUCCCUUGAACUGAGGAAUAUUCAAAAGCUAGGGCAGCUGAACUAUUUUUCACUUGGUGGCAUUGCUGCCCAGAAAUUAGUGUUGAGAAAUGUUAUACUAUCUGAUUGUGAUGUUGUUCUUGUUAUAAGAUUUCUUGCCACUCUGAGUCGACUACGUCACUUAGAGAUUUUAGACAGCCACUUACAGGGUCAUGGCAUUUUUGGUGGCAUACAAGAUAUUUCAAAUACUUUAGAUGUGCUAGUAAUAAGAAAUCUAUUAAUCAAAGAUUUUUAUUGGUUUUCCAAUUUGUCUACUGUGGUGCAUUUUUUGGAGAAUGUUACUAGUCUUACGAUUGAAAAUGUUACAGCUUAUAUGGUGCACUGCAUGUUUGGAAGACAUUGCCGUUCAAUGCAGUAUCUUGAUGUCACCAACAAUUUGCUGGUAGAUACAACAUUAAUGACUUCAUUCUGCAAGGACGCCUGGCCUAAACUGCAAACGUUAAAUGUGAGUCAGAAUGCUCUGAAACAGAUUGAGAUCGUAUCACGAAGUACAACUUACUUAAUAAAUCUUUCUAACUUAGAUAUAAGUCGAAAUACCUAUGAAGCAAUGCCAGACUUUUGUGAGUGGCCCAAAAAAUUGAAAUAUUUAAACAUUUCAGGGUCUAAAGUAAGCAAAGUCACAAAUUGUAUCCCUCAAAGCCUGGAGAUGCUGGACGUUAGCAAUAAUAAUCUCCAAGACUUCAGACUGAGCCUUCCUCAUCUCCAAGAGCUUUAUAUCCAAAACAACAAAUUGACUGCCCUUCCACUUGCUGACUUUUCCCCUAGCAUUAGAGUCAUGAAUAUUAGAGGAAACAAAGUAUUUGGAUUCUCUGAGCAGGAACUGGAAACCUUUGCAAACUUGGAGAUGUUGGAUGCACGUUACAACAGUUUCCAGUGUACAUGUGAUUUUCUCUCUUUCAUGCAGUCUCGAUCAGAAAUAUCUCAUAUCGUUAUGGAUUGGCCAAAUAACUACAUUUGUGAUGCUCCUGAGUAUGUAAGAGGGAAAGAAGUAGGAGUUGCCCAUCUACGCCUCAUAGAUUGUCAUUUGACUUCAGUAGUUUCUUUAAUAUGCAUCUUGGUACUUCUGAUCAUUCUGAUGGCAGCAGUUCUUUGCCACAAACUUCAUGCCAUCUGGUAUAUGAAAAUGAUCUGGGCCUGGCUUCAAGCAAAACGCAAGCCCAGAAGAGCGCGUGUUAAAAAAAUUGACUACGAUGCCUUUGUUUCCUACAGCGAGCAGAACUCUGAGUGGGUGGAGAAUGUCAUGGUGAGGGAGUUGGAGCAAGCCCAUCCACCAUUCAAACUCUGUCUCCAUAAAAGGGAUUUUCUGCCUGGCAAAUGGAUUGUGGACAACAUUAUUGACUCCAUUGAGCGAAGUUCUAAAACUCUGUUUGUGUUGUCACAGCACUUUGUCCAGAGUGAGUGGUGCAAAUAUGAACUUGAUUUCUCUCACUUCUGCCUUUUUGAUGAGAAUAAUGACUCUGCGAUUUUGAUUCUGCUAGAGCCCAUUCCAGCAAAAACAGUUCCCAGAAGGUUUUGCAAACUGAGGAAACUGAUGCAUACCAAAACCUACCUUGAAUGGCCAAGUGAUGAAGAUCAGCAGAUGAUCUUUUGGUUUAAUUUGAAAACUGCCAUAAAAUCCUAGAUGAGGAUUUGGGAAAUAUACACAUGUCAGUCUGGACCAAUCCAAUUUUGAAUAUCUCCUUACUUGGUCCUGGCCUGUCAUCACAUGAAGAUCCUACAUCUGUGUGUUGUUCUGUAGGAGCAGAUACAUGUCUUCUCACAUCUUGGGAGCCAUCAAAGCUUUGAAGAUGUCCUUGCUUACUGAAGGAGUCGUGAAUCACCUUAUGGAAAAGCAGGUAUUCUCAAACUGGGGAGGGAGAUGAGGAUACACUGUGAAAUGGAGUUCAGCCUUUUCCUUCCUUCAGGAGUCUAGAGCAGCCAGAUCUUCUUAGUUUGAAUUACAUCCUCUCUCCAUCCUCUCCCAACUGGUAAGAGACAGCAGUAGGGGUUUGCCUAGGAGCUGACAGUGGCCAGAUGGUUUUUGGACACAUUACAAGAACAGAAGAAAUGUCCUCUGCACUCGAAAAGGGGCUGGUACGGGUGUAAGCUUAUCUAUACUUAGGUCUUUAAAAUAAUACUGGACUAUACACCCUUCAUUGCAAAGAUCAAGAGUGAGCAUUUUCUCUUUCUGAGUUGUAGCGCCUUGCGCUUGAAUCUCUCUCUAAAUAUUCAGCUUUCCCUCCUUUUAAAAACCUUCAAUGAUUGUACAUUCAGACCUGGAAGAUCCAUUGUAAAUACAUUAUUUUUAUUUUUGUAUUUAUUUAGUCUAUUGAGUGACUGCAUAUGAUUAUAAUAUGGAGUGAUUAAUGCAACAUGAUAUAAUAUGACUGUGAGCAACCGUAGACCUAAGGCCUCAUGAAGUUUUCCGCUAGAUCUCAUGAGACCUUCAGGACAUCAAUAAAGAUCUCUUUAACAGACCCUUUCCCUUCUCUCAAAGCCUAGAAGAGAAAGAAUAAACUGACAUCUUGGUCCACUAUGGCCACAUCUCCUACUGACUUCAGCCCAGCUAUCACUGACAUGUGAUUUCCAAGAGAUUAACGAGCUGAGGAGCCUUCUAAUCAAGGUGAAAGAAGAAAGCGCAAAAGCUGGGUUGCAGCUAAACAUAAAAAAACCAAGAUCAUGGCAACAAGAAUGAUUGACAACUGGAAAAUAGAGGGAGAAAAUGUGGAGGCCGUGACAGACUUUGUAUUUCUAGGUGCAAAGAUUACUGCAGAUGCAGACUGUGGCCAGGAAAUCAGAAGGCGAUUACUUCUUGGGAGGAGAGCAAUGUCCAAUCUCGAUAAAAUAGUAAAGAGUAGAGACAUCACACUGGCAACAAAGAUCUGCAUAGUCAAAGCCAUGGUAUUCCCUGUAGUAACCUAUGGAU